CGGCCACCUCUCGCUUCCUGGGCCACCAGCACCCCGCACGCAGUGGGAGAGAGAGUCGGGCGCUCCAAGUGCGGGCGGCCAGCCCCCAGUCCGGCAGUCCGUUCCUCGCCGCCAGCCCUCCGAUAUUCAUGCCCAGGAGAAGGCUGUUCCAGGUCUCUCUGGAUCUUCCCUAAAAGGGAGACCACUGUGCACUAGAUGAGCUCCAGAAGCACCCACUAAGGCUUCCAUUGCCCUCUUCCAUUGGUUGACCUUCACCAGAACCCCUACAGGUCAGGAUGAGUGGCUUCCUGGCUUCCCUGGACCCCCGGCGGGUGCAAUGGGGGGCUACCUGGUAUGCCAUGCACUCCAGGAUCCUGCGCACCAAACCAGUGGAGUCCAUGCUGGAGGGCACAGGGGCCACCUCAGCACAUGGCACCAAGCUAGCCCAGGUGCUCACCACAGUGGACCUCAUCUCACUCGGCGUUGGCAGUUGCGUGGGCACUGGGAUGUACGUGGUAUCUGGCCUGGUGGCCAAGGAAAUGGCAGGACCUGGUGUCAUUGUGUCCUUCAUCAUUGCAGCUGUUGCAUCCAUAUUAUCAGGUGUUUGCUACGCAGAGUUUGGAGUCCGUGUCCCAAAGACCACGGGGUCGGCCUACACCUACAGCUAUGUCACUGUUGGGGAGUUUGUGGCGUUUUUCAUUGGCUGGAACCUGAUCCUGGAGUACCUGAUUGGAACUGCAGCUGGCGCCAGCGCUCUGAGCAGCAUGUUUGACUCAUUGGCAAACCACACCUUCAGCCGCUGGAUGGUGAACAGCGUGGGAACGCUCAACGGUCUGGGGAAGGGUGAAGAGUCAUACCCAGAUCUUCUGGCUCUGGUGAUCGCGGUCAUCGUCACCAUCAUCAUCGCGCUGGGGGUGAAGAACUCUGUGGGCUUCAAUAACGUCCUCAACGUGCUGAACCUGGCAGUGUGGGUGUUCAUCAUGAUUGCAGGCCUCUUCUUCAUCAAUAAGAAAUACUGGGCUGAGGGCCAGUUCUUGCCCCACGGCUGGUCAGGGGUGCUGCAAGGAGCAGCCACAUGUUUCUACGCUUUCAUUGGCUUUGACAUCAUCGCCACCACCGGAGAGGAAGCCAAAAAUCCCAACACAUCCAUCCCCUACGCUAUCACCGCCUCCCUGGUCAUCUGCCUGACAGCAUAUGUAUCUGUGAGCAUGAUCUUAACUCUGAUGGUGCCAUAUUAUGACAUUGACACGGAAUCCCCGCUCAUGGAGAUGUUUGUGGCACACGGGUUCUAUGCUGCAAAAUUCGUAGUGGCCAUCGGGUCGGUGGCAGGACUGACUGUCAGCUUGCUGGGCUCCCUCUUCCCAAUGCCAAGGGUCAUUUAUGCCAUGGCUGGCGAUGGGCUCCUUUUCAGGUUUCUGGCUCAUGUGAGCUCCUACACGGAGACGCCCGUCGUGGCCUGCAUCGUGUCGGGGUUCCUGGCGGCCCUCCUCUCUCUAUUAGUCAGCCUGAGAGACCUGAUAGAGAUGAUGUCCAUUGGCACGCUCCUCGCCUACACCUUGGUCUCUGUCUGCGUCUUGCUCCUUCGAUACCAACCAGAAAGUGACAUUGAUGGUUUUGUCAAGUUCUUGUCUGAGGAGCACACAAAGAAGAAGGAGGGCAUCCUGGCUGACUGUGAAAAGGAAGUAUGUUCUCCUGUGAGUGAAGGGGAAGAGUUUUCUGGCCCCGCCACCAACACUUGCGGCGCCAAGAAUUUACCAUCAUUGGGAGACAAUGAGAUGCUCAUAGGGAAAUCAGACAAGUCAACCUACAAUGUCAACCACCCCAACUAUGGCACUGUGGACAUGACGACAGGCAUAGAAGCCGAUGAAUCUGAAAACAUUUAUCUCAUCAAGUUAAAAAAGCUGAUCGGGCCCCGUUACUACACCAUGAGGAUCCGGUUGGGCCUCCCAGGCAAAAUGGACCGGCCCACGGCAGCUACCGGGCACACGGUGACCAUCUGCGUGCUCCUGCUCUUCAUCCUCAUGUUCAUCUUCUGCUCCUUCAUCAUCUUUGGUUCUGACUACAUCUCAGAGCAGAGCUGGUGGGCCAUCCUUCUGGUUGUUCUAAUGGUGCUGCUGAUCAGUGCCCUGGUGUUUGUGAUCCUGCAGCAGCCAGAGAACCCCAAGAAGCUGCCCUAUAUGGCCCCCUGCCUCCCCUUUGUGCCUGCCUUUGCCAUGCUGGUGAACAUCUAUCUCAUGCUAAAGCUCUCCACCAUCACAUGGAUCCGGUUUGCCGUCUGGUGCUUUGUGGGUAUGCUCAUUUAUUUUGGAUAUGGCAUCUGGAACAGCACCUUGGAAAUCAGCGCCCGAGAAGAGGCCCUGCACCAAAGCACGUACCAGCGCUACGACGUGGAUGACCCUUUCUCCGUGGAGGAGGGUUUCUCCUACGCCACGGAGGGUGAGAGCCAGGAGAACUGGGGCGGGCCGGCUGAAGACAAAGGCUUCUAUUACCAGCAGAUGUCAGAUGCGAAGGAAAACACCCGGACAAGUAGCAAAGCGAAGAGCAAAAGCAAACACAAACAGAACUCAGAGGCCCUGAUUGCAAAUGAUGAGUUAGAUUACUCUCCAGAGUAGGAGUAAACACACAAGAAAUAUGUAGAAAUGGUGGUGAUUUAUUUUCAGUAACUUAACCUGUGGGCUAGAAGGUGAAAAUGUUUUUUGCCUCUCACUUCAAAAGUCCAGCUUUCCCCAAAGUCAGUCCCCAGUCAUAGCCUGUCAUUUGCUACUUCUACUCUUCAGGGUAGUUCUGUCAAAGGGUUUAAUCUGGGCCUCCUAACUGGUCUCCUUGUGAAAAAGAAAAAGAAAAAACAGAAUCUAAACAAGAUGGUACAAGAAAUUCUAUCAUAGAUGCAACCAUCAGAGCAGAUGGCAGCAAAUGUUUCCUAGGCCUUUGCUUUGCUGGUUGAAUCUGUUUGCUUCUGGCUGAGACUCCAAGAAGCAAGGAGAAAACUUGGACGGCGCUGAGGCUGCAGCCCCUGGUGGAGAUGUGCCAAAGUAGGUGGGUGUGGGCACAAGGCAGCAUUCCCAGCACCUGAGACCACAGGGCAGAGCUCUGUGCUCAGCAUGCAGCUGAGAGCUGCUCCCCAGGCUGGGUGGGCAGGUGGCGUUGGCACUUCCUCAGCAAGCAACAUUGUGUCCUGAAAUCUCACAGAAACAAAUCCUGUUUCUUUUUGGAAAAGAAGCAUGCUUCUUUUUAUUCACCAACAUUCUCACUGUCUCCAAACUGUAACUUUGGUCAGGAACCAAAGGUCAGGAACUCUGAGACCAUUUCCCCUAAGGUUUCAGAUUCACCAGAAAGUAGUCAUGCAAACCCAGUCAUAUGGUGAGAAGCACCAUCAAAGUUCUACUAAAUGCCCAAGAAAAAAUUAAAUAACCAUCUCUUGAAGUGAAGGCCACAAGGGCACUGGCAGAAAUUAACUCUCUGUCAAGCCUUCUCUUACACCAGACUCUAAGCUCCUGCUGAUAUAAUGGAAGGGGGUAAAGUUGGAGCAUGAUUUCAUGGCGCUAAUAUGCCUUGAAGAAGGAGGCUGUUUGUUUUAUAAUCAGAUAAAAUCUUUACAAAGAGAAGUGACCCAGCCACUGAGAUCACAUUGCAAAUUCUAUUUGAGAUUUCUAAAAUUAUAAAUUCUGUAGUUUUUUUGAGAUAUGAGAUAUGCCACCAGUUGAUUGGCAGGCGCUGCUCUGAAAACAAAACUGUUGAAGCACAGCUUCUUAGGUAAUUGCAUUCCAUGAGAUCACAUUUUACUUCUGAACCUUAUUCUUCUGGGGUUAGCUCACCUCUAGACAUGUAUUUUUCCUGCUAUUUCCCAGAGCAAUUUCACUGAAGCCCAGAGAAAUAUCUACCUGGUAGGAUCUAAAUCUGGGCCAUCAGAAAGGCUCUUAAAGGAGUUUCUCUGAAACAAGCUAGAUCAGACAAUCUGCCACAGGAUAAAGCUCGCGGUCUGUAAAUUCCACUCUCGGGUUACAGGGAUUUCAAUGCUGCGCUGAGGUAUGUACACAUGCAUAUGAAGGCACAAGUUGGAUCAAGCUAAAAUCUUUGUGAGGAUUUCCUGAAAGAGGGGCAAAAUAGCGAAGUCCUUAUUCUCCCUCUCCUGGUCCUAGCAUUACGCCAAAAGUUUUCCAGAAUACUUCAACAAAUGUUUAAGUCUAUUCUUUCUUAAAGGUUGAGGUUAAUGCCAUCUUGGCAUGCAGUAAGGUUAUGCGCAGGGAGCAGAAGCCCAUUUUUUUUCACUCAGCUCACCCUGAUUGAGAAUAUACCAAGUGCUAAGUGAUGGGAAUGCAAAGAGAAUGACAUCUGCCCUUGGAGGCUCGCAGUCCAGGGAACAUGAGCAGCACCGGAGUCUGAUAACUGUAGAUAAAACAGCCGAACAUGACAAGUUCCCAUGGUUGAUGCACUGGGCUUCAACAUAGUGUUUUUUCAAAGGUCAACUGAAACUACAUUUUAAUGUGCUUUUAAGUUGCGUAUCAUACCCAUAGCCAACGUAUGUCAUUUAAAUUUAAAUAACCACUGUUUUCUAGAUCUGCUUUUUCAUCCUUCUAUAUUAAUUGUUUAUAACUCUGGUUUCCUGAGGUCACUUGUCAUUUCAGUGUAAUGCUUGGCAAUGUUGUAUUUUCCCUCCCCUAAACUUAACCAUAAAGAUACAAUA